AUGGUGAUCGCUCAGCGGCUUUGCUUCGCAUGCACUUCCAUGAUUGCUUCGUUCGGGAAAGCUUUCGUAUUCGUUGACUUGUUAUAUUCCGGAAACAUUGCAAGGCCUGCAAGACUCAACUCCAAGAAAAUCACAGAGAAAGAUGCAGGGCCAAGCCUAACUGUCCGUGGUAACGAGUUCAUCGAUGGGAUCAAGAAAAACCUGGAAGUUAUUUGUCCUGCCACCGUCUCUUGUGCCGAUGUUAUCACAUUGGCAACAAGAGAUGCGAUAGCUCUUGCCGUAGGAGCCAAGUACAAUGUCCCAACCACCAGACGUGAUGGGACGGUCUCAGACUGCGGCCUUGUCAGCCUUCCAGAGCCAUCACUUACUGUGUCACAAGCCUUCCAAUUCUUCAGAAACAAAGGGCUUAAUAUGAAUGCCAUGGUGACAUUUCUUGGUGCACACAGUGUUGGAGUUGCCCACUGUGGCUUCUUUCAAGACUGUCUUUCCAACUUCCAAGGAACAGGGAAGCCCGAUCCCACCAUGGACUCUGCUCUCGUAUCCAAGCUGUUCAAAACUUGUGGAACCCAGUUCAGGCCAUUGAACAGCGACCCGACUGCAUUUUUGGAUCAAAAUACGUCUUUUGUUAUGGAUAAUGAGUUCUACAAACAGAUCCGAGUUAAGAAAAGAGUCCUUCAAAUUGAUCAAGAACUUGCACUGGAUAAAUCAAGUGCUGAUAUCGUGUCCACCCUCGCGUCCAAUGCUCUAGGUUUCCAGCAGAAUUUGGCAAAGGCGAUGGUGAAGAGGGGUAACAUUGAAGUUCUAGUCGGAAAUGCUGGCCAAAUUAGAAAGAAGUGUAGAGUUAUAAAUAAAUAA